GGCUGACUGCAGCUGCUACGCAGGUCCCUUCCCUGCAUCCGAGAUAAAAAUCGGUAUCGGGAAACUUUGCGGGGCAGACUUUAAAAAGAAAUACAUGGUAGGGACCUUGGAAGUGUGACAUGUGUGUCACUACCGAAACUUCAAAAGUUCAGAUCUCCAUUGGAUUUUGUCUAACACAAAAAAUAACGGCGAUCAUGGGUAAAGGCACAAUCGCAAAGAAGAAGAAAGGUCCUUCGAUUCAUUCCCGUGCCGCAAGGCGCGCUACAUCUCCAGGCAUCGACACCGACAAGUCGCUGAAGAAUGUCCAACCACCUGCUGAAUCAGUCGACUAUCGUCCUUCUAUACUCUCCAUACACCAAGGAGCUGGUGUGACAAAGAAGACAAAGAAGAGCAGGAACAUGAGCUCCAAAGCUCGAAAAAGAUAUGAGAAAGGACAAGAUCGAGCGGCCGCAGUCAUGGAUAGGACAGAGAAGAAGAUCAACAAGAGCAAAGGGCAAGCUCGAAUAAUACAAACAAGACGGAAGACAUGGGAUGAGGUCAACAACCAAAUACCAGCGACCAAGAAGCCACAAGCAGAACUGGACGGCGAAGAUGAUCAUGAAACAUCUGAGUUGGACGAUGAGAUGUAUGACGCACAAAUCGAAGAAAUCCCCCGAAACACUUCGGCCACAGAUACAAAUCCCACGCAGGAGAACCGAGAAGCUAUGGAAGAAGAACAAGAGGAUGAGAUCCUAUGAUUGUAGGAUUUCUCUAUUAGGGUUAUGGCUAAAUAUCUGGGCGGUUUCGGUUAGGGAGAAAUAGCCCAUAAUUUUCAACUUCUGACCAUUUUCCUCGUCUUGAGCUGUUCUCUCACACAUUAUUUCAUCCCCCAAAUCAACUUCGUCGACUUCAAAUCCAAUUAUAUGAAAGCCUGUGCCAAUCGAAAUCCUGGUCCCAAAGUUCAAGGACCCCACUAGAAAGAAAUGUGUUAUCGAUAAAGAAAUAAUCGACUCCACCCAGGUACCUAGUAUCUGGAGAAAGUCAACGUCAAGAAUUCCCGCCUACACCUCUAAGUUCCCUCGUA